AUAAAGAAGGAAAUACUAUAAAAAUAGCGGAACAAAAAGCAGUUUCAUAUGGAUAUACAAUACAUUGUUCAGAUGGAACAACGCAAAAACCAGUAAUCAAUCGUGAAUCAGAAAAUAUAAUAAAAGACUUAAUGGAAAACCUUAAAGAAGAUCUAGAUGUUGUUUUAGAUAAGCUCUGUGAUCCACUACCAUGCGAAAAAAUGACGCCAAAAUUAUGGAGGCAGUAUCAAAUGGCAAGUAAGUGCUGGAUAUGUGAAGAAAAAUUACAUGAAGCUGGAUAUAAUAAAAUUCGUGUAUUCGAUCCUGAAACCAAAAAAUAUUUAGGUGCUUCACAUAGGAAAUGUCACGGGAAAAAACCAAUGAUUCAAGGGUACUAG